CAACUGAAAGUGCUGACCGAAAUAUUAGGGCCGGAGCUCAACUUUGAGCGCUAUCGAGCAGAGCUGCUACCGCUUAGAGAAGGCAUCCAGGCUGUCAUCCCCUUCUUGGGCAUGUAUUUGCACGACAUGGUGUACCUGGACGAUGCCAUACCCGAGAGAACGGAAGAUGGCCUUAUGAAUGGUCGCAAGAUUGCGGCGCUGUCAAACAUGUUCACCUCCUUUGUGCAGUGGCAGCGAGGCUGGCAAUUCCAACCGUCGAUCGAGUCUAUCAAUCGACGCUUCUUAGAGAUACUGGAAAUCCCAGUGGAUGAGGGGUUGCUUUGGGAUAUGAGUGUGGCUAGAGAGGCGCGUGUGGGAAAAGCUAGCACAGCCACGACCGACAUCAAACAGAUUAAGGAACUGAUUGCACAGAUCAAGCCGAUCACUGUGAAAGAACUGAAAAAUCAUUUUCCGCCUGGAAAGU